AUGUGCAGACAGGAGGAGCUCAUGAAAUUUGUAACCUGCAUUUGGAUGACAUCCUGUAACAAAAUGAUUGGAGUGGUGCUGGUCUUUUUCCCUGCUAUCUUCCUCGAGAUGGAUAUUCUCCCCAAAAACACUGGCAGGAAGAUGCUGCUGUCGGGAGCUUCCUCGCAGCGAUCGGUAGCCAGAAUGGACGGAGAUGUCAUUAUAGGUGCCCUCUUCUCAGUCCAUCACCAACCGCCGGCCGAGAAAGUGCCAGAGAGGAAGUGUGGGGAGAUCAGAGAGCAAUAUGGCAUCCAGAGAGUCGAAGCUAUGUUUCACACUUUGGAUAAAAUUAACUCAGACCCAGUCCUGCUGCCCAACAUCACACUGGGCAGUGAAAUCAGAGAUUCCUGCUGGCACUCUUCAGUAGCACUCGAGCAGAGCAUUGAGUUCAUAAGAGACUCCCUGAUCUCCAUAAGAGAUGAGAAAGACGGGAUCAGUCGAUGUGUGCCUGACUCUCUACCCCAACAUCAGAGCAGGACCAAAAAACCCAUUGCUGGGGUGAUUGGUCCAGGCUCCAGCUCGGUUGCUAUCCAAGUUCAAAACCUGCUCCAGCUCUUUGACAUCCCUCAGAUCGCUUAUUCUGCAACGAGCAUCGACCUGAGCGACAAAACUUUAUACAAAUACUUCUUGAGGGUGGUCCCUUCUGACACUCUGCAAGCCAAGGCCAUGCUUGACAUAGUCAAACGCUACAACUGGACCUAUGUAUCUGCAGUCCAUACAGAGGGAAAUUAUGGGGAAAGUGGAAUGGAAGCCUUCAAAGAGCUGGCUGCCCAAGAAGGCCUGUGCAUCGCUCACUCAGACAAGAUCUACAGCAAUGCUGGGGAAAAGAGCUUUGAUCGGCUGCUGCGGAAGCUUCGUGAAAGGUUACCCAAGGCCAGGGUUGUGGUUUGUUUCUGUGAAGGAAUGACAGUGAGGGGGAUCCUCAUAGCCAUGAGACGCCUUGGAGUGCUUGGGGAGUUUCUGUUAAUUGGAAGUGAUGGCUGGGCAGACAGAGAUGAAGUAAUUGAAGGUUAUGAACCUGAAGCAAAUGGAGGUAUCACUAUCAAACUGCAAUCCCCAGAGGUCUUGUCAUUUGAUGACUAUUUUUUGAAGUUACGUUUGGACACCAACAUCCGAAAUCCCUGGUUUCCUGAAUUCUGGCAGCACAGAUUCCAGUGUCGUCUUCCAGGACACCCUCUCGAGAACCCCAACUUUCAAAAGAACUGCACCGGCAAUGAGAGUUUAGAAGAAAACUAUGUCCAGGACAGUAAAAUGGGAUUUGUCAUCAAUGCUAUAUAUGCUAUGGCACAUGGCCUUCAAAAUAUGCAUCAUUCCCUUUGCCCAGGACAUGUUGGGCUGUGUGAUGCCAUGACGCCCAUCGAUGGCAGCAAACUCUUGGAAUUCCUCAUAAAGUCUUCGUUCAUUGGCGUUUCAGGAGAGGAAAUUUGGUUUGAUGAAAAGGGAGAUGCCCCUGGAAGGUAUGACAUCAUGAAUCUGCAGUACAUAGAGCCCAACAGUUAUGACUAUGUACUCAUUGGAACCUGGCAUGAAGGGGUGUUGAAUAUUGAUGAUUUCAGGAUUCAGAUGAACAAAAGUGGAAUGGUCCGGUCAGUGUGCAGUGAACCUUGUUUGAAGGGUCAAAUUAAGGUUAUAAGGAAAGGGGAAGUGAGCUGCUGCUGGAUUUGCACCCCUUGCAAGGAAAAUGAAUUUGUGCAGGACGAGUUCACGUGCAAAGCCUGUGACCUGGGCUGGUGGCCUAAUGCUGACCUGACAGGCUGUGAACCCAUCACUGUAAAGUAUCUCCAGUGGAGCAAUAUAGAGUCUAUUGUGGCUGUGGUCUUCUCCUGCCUGGGGAUUCUGGUCACCAUGUUUGUCACCCUUAUCUUUGUGCUCUACAGGGACACCCCUGUUGUCAAAUCCUCCAGCCGGGAGCUCUGCUACAUUAUACUUGCUGGCAUCUUUCUGGGUUAUAUCUGCCCCUUCACCCUUAUAGCUAAGCCCACCGUCACUUCCUGCUACCUCCAGCGCCUUCUGGUAGGACUCUCCUCUGCCAUGUGCUACUCUGCCCUUGUGACCAAAACCAACCGCAUUGCACGCAUCCUGGCAGGGAGCAAGAAGAAGAUUUGCACCCGCAAGCCACACUUCAUGAGUGCUUGGGCACAGGUGGUCAUCGCCUCCAUUUUGAUCAGUGUGCAGCUGACGCUGGUGGUCACACUGAUCAUCAUGGAGCCCCCAAUGCCUAUUCUCUCCUACCCCAGCAUCAAGGAAGUCUUCCUGAUCUGCAACACCAGCAACCUGGGUGUGGUGGCCCCAGUGGGCUACAAUGGACUCCUUAUUAUGAGCUGCACUUAUUAUGCCUUCAAGACUCGCAAUGUGCCCGCCAAUUUUAACGAGGCCAAGUACAUUGCCUUCACCAUGUACACCACCUGUAUCAUCUGGCUGGCCUUUGUGCCUAUUUAUUUCGGGAGCAACUACAAGAUCAUCACCACCUGCUUUGCAGUGAGCCUCAGUGUGACAGUGGCCCUCGGGUGCAUGUUCACUCCCAAGAUGUACAUCAUCAUCGCCAAGCCUGAGAGGAAUGUCCGCAGUGCCUUCACCACCUCAGAUGUGGUGCGUAUGCACGUUGGGGAUGGCAAGGCUCCUUGUAGAUCCAACACAUUCCUCAGCAUAUUCCGAAGAAAGAAGCCAGGUGCUGGAAAUCCAAAUUCUAAUGGAAAGUCUGUGUCAUGGUCUGAACCAGGUGGAAGACAUGUUCCCAAGGGACAACACAUGUGGCACAGACUCUCAAUGCAUGUAACGAGCAAGGAGACGGGAUGCAAUCAGACAGCAGUAAUCAAGCCCCUCACUAAAAGUUACCAUGGCCAAGGCAAGAGCCUGACUUUUUCAGACAUCAGCAGUAAGACUCUCUACAAUGUGGUGGAGGAAGAAGAGAGCGAGCCAGUGCGCUUCAGCCAGCCCAGCAGCCCUUCCAUGGUGGUGCACAGGCGGGUGACAGCAACACCCCCACUUCAGGCAACGGCAGAAGAGACCAACCUGUUCUUACCUGAACAGCCCCCCAAGAGUCUGGUGCUGCAGCAGAGAUCUAUUGUGGAGCAGGUGCAAUGCGUGGUCAACAAGUUUGCCACCGGCAUUCCUGACUUCAACUCUGUGAUCCCCAUGCCCAAUGCAGGGAAUGGAGUGAGGGUCCUCUACCAGCCUCCACUGCAGCAACAGCAGGUUCUUCCUCUCCAGAUGGCCAUUUUCAGUGAAGAGCCAGUCUCACCGCCGGCUGACGAGGUGGAAAGCGAGAAGUUUAAGCUCAUCCAGGGAUACGUGUACGAGAGGCCGGAGACCACGGAAGAGGAGGAGGAGGAAGAGGAGCGGGCGACUAGCAAACUGACUCUGGAAGACUCACCAGCACUGACGCCUCCAUCUCCUUUCAGAGAUUCGGUGGCUUCUGGCAGCUCGGUGCCCAGCUCCCCAGUGUCGGAGUCAGUGCUCUGCACCCCCCCAAACGUGACCUAUGCUUCGGUCAUCCUGAGGGAUUAUAAACAAAGCUCCUCCACCCUGUAG